AUGGCUCGAAUCAAAAUAACUCCUGCACGCCGCUCAGGAGCUGCCUCGCGGCCGAAGGUGGCGAUGGGCUCCGGGGGAGUCAUUGGAGCGGCUCCGAAGUCUCGCGCUGCUUUCCCCCCGUCUCACGGCCGCGGAGCGCCUCUUCGCCGCCGGUCUUCGGUGGCAUCUUCCGCGUCUGACGAUGACUCGCCGUCAUCCUCUUACUCGUCCCGCUCGCCCUCUCCCUCCCCUGACCGCGUAGCUUCGUCAGCGAGUGGAAAUCCUACACAAAGGGCACGAGGUCGCGAAGGAGCGAGUGGGUCGGCACAAACCGCCCACUACCGGGGAAUGCAGCCCCGCAGGCGGGCACCACCUGGAGCGAGAGUUCUUCGAGAGAUCAAGAGACUUCGCGAGUCAACUGAUCUUUUGAUUCCAAGGAUGCCCUUUCUUCGCCUCGUUCACGAGGUCGCUCAGGACUGCACACCUCCGUACGCCUCGCCAUUCCGGUUUACUGCAGAUGCGCUGAUGGCGUUGCAGUGCGCCAGCGAGGCCUAUCUUACGGGGCUGAUGGAGGACUCCUACCUCUGUGCAAUGCAUGCAAAGCGCGUUACGCUAAUGCCGAAGGACCUACAUCUAGCGCAGAGACUGCGUCGCGCUUUUCCGUGCUGA